AUGUGGUUGGCUUAUUGGUUCUUUUUCACUCUUGCAUAUGUGUCCAGUUUAUUUACAAACGCAAUAGGAGACAAUAUAAUCGACGUAAAGCCGCAUAAUGAAAGAAUCAUAACCAAAAUUCCUGCCGCGAGGGAGUUAAAAAAUGUGUUUGAUAACGACAGAAAUACACAUGGAGUGUUUCAUGCUGCCAUCGGUCAAAAGGUUGAUUUGCUAGUCGAUCUCGGGGGAUUGUACCAGAUAAAAUUAGUGGAGAUUGUUUCUGACCAACCUGAAAAGCUGAAUCAAAGUAUUAGAAUUGGCUAUGGAUUUAACAAGAAUAUGACAAACCAUUUUGGAUCUCCCUACAACUGUUCAGUUAAGAAAACGACAACAAUUUGUGUACCUGCUUGUAAUGAAUAUGACAGUUCACGUCCUGGCUUUGUUGGUGAUAGUCUGCUAUGGUCAUUUCAGUCAUCAGUAGAGGGAUGGACUCGGAUAUACGACCUAGUAAUACGCGGGGUUCCCUUCGAUGAAAACCGUAUCCUGAAGAAAAAUAUCGGUGACAUUACUUUGCUGAAACCAUAUGUCGACCAUCUAGUUCCGUCUGGGGCUAUGGAAUCUUGUCAAGGCUUACUAUGGCACUUGAAUGAUGAAAGCACUGUGGAUGAAAGCUCUACACUAAAGGCCACUGAAGAUCGUAAUGUGACAAUCUACUUUGGAAAGACAUAUUCAGUGGCGAGUGUCAGCCUAAUGACAUCGAAGCAAGCGGAAGCACCAACUGAAUACAUACUGCAUUUCAAUGGAAUGGAGUCUGUGACGAAAACGGUUAAUCUACCGAAUGACUGUACUCUGGAUAAUGAUGAUGCCAUUGCAAAGGAAUAUACUUGUCUAACAUCGGAUUUAGAAAGUUAUGCAUUUGAAUAUGUGACUGUGAAUGUGAGAGGCCUUUACAAAUUUCAUGUCUACGGUGUACCAUUUAAUUAUCCUGAAAUUGAACUAAUUCCGUCGAAGGAGAAUGAUAAGAGUAUCAAAGAUGAUUUACUGCAAUUGAGUUGUAUAGCCAAAUCGUGCGAUUCAACAAUAUCGUAUGAAGGUGGGCGGCAUCGUAAGUCAAGUGUUGGAGCUGCUUCUUGCCCUAUGAAUGGUCAUAUUAUACGAUGUGAAUACCUAGAUUUAUUGCGUUUAUCGUCGAAUAAUACAGAAAAAAAAGAAUUAACAAAUCAAGGUGUGGUUAAUACAGAAAUUAGUUCAAUUAUGUCAGAGCUUAAAGUGCUGGAAUCUAGUGCAGAGAAAUUGGUUGUCACUGUACCAAGAACUCAUCAGUAUUAUGGACAAUAUCAGUGCAGUUGUCAGACAACUGAUAGCAAGAAAUCACAACUUUUCUCGCCUUCUACAAGCCUUAAGGAGUCAGACUUUGAUCAAGAUUUUGUGUUUCAAAAAAGUUAUACAGCUGUAUUUGUGGAGGAAAAUAUUAAACCUAAUGGUGGAUUUAUUGAAUUGCCAGAAAAUGAACAAGAAGGGUAUUUCAAGUUUGAAAUUGUCGGUCAUAGUUUGUUGAAAAACAUCCACCUGGAAGUGACAUUUAUGGAAAAUGGACAAGCGGAAAAUAGAACAGAUCCGCUUAAACUUGAGACAGCUGUACAAGCAUUUCCAGAUGUUAAAGAUGACUCAGAAGUGUGGUCUAUCCCAGCCUACAAAUAUGAAUUAAAAGAGGCAUGGCCAGAUGCUGUCGACGAUAAUUUAGUUACUAUCACAUGGAGUGUAUCGAAAAAUCCAAACAUCGAAUCUCAAUCUGUUAUUAAAGAUGUCUUUCGAACUUUAGUUAUAUCCCCUAGUGGAGCGAAUAAAAUCCGUGCAUGGGUCUGGCAAAGAGAUUCACAACUACUGGAUAUUAGGGUGUAUCAUCAACUGGCUGAAAACGCUGAAGGCAGUCAACCUAAGACGUUAACACUUCAACGUACGGGUUGUUCUAGUGAAGAAGAAAGCACGGUUGUUGCAUCGGUACAUCUUGAAGGCGGACAGUGUAACACAGAAAAUGAGGAAAUUGUGAAGUGUAUACGCACAACUCACGGACAAGUAAUCCAGUUUACAUUGAAAGACCCGUCUACUUCGGAUGUAUACAAAUUGAUGACGAAAGGUGAAGGUGAUGAAUCCAGUGUUGAACUGGUUACCUCAAGUGCUCUCGGUGAGACAGUUAAAGAUGAUCUCAAAGAUGCUCAGUUGAGCAUGACAGUUGACGCUAUUCAACAUGAUCAAGAAACACAAGAAACUGAGAUGGAUGCAACUGUUCAUAUUGGUUCGAAAGUGAUUGCAGAUAAUGUUGCCUGUAGACCAACUUAUAUAUUACUGGAGUUUAUGGAGCCGAAAAUUGAGACAAUGAAAUCCAAAGUAUCCGGCAAACAAACAACAUUUCGAGUGAAACUACCGGCUAACCAAAAAGAUGUGAGCUUGGAGAUAAACUUACUAGUUGGUUCAGUCGAUCCGACUCUUGCAGAAGGCAGCGUAAAAGAAUCUGUCAAGUUUGCAAAUCCAGCUUACAUAUAUGCUGAUAUCGUGGCUGAUACGAAAAACGAAAAGAUUAUGUGGUAUGGAUUACCGAAAAUGUUCAACAAUCUCCUUACUGAUUACAGUGCAAAAGUUUCUGGACUCGUGAAAGCCUGUGAACAAUCAAGAGAAUUUGAUUUACCUAUCAGUCAUCAAGAAACUGAAAACGGAACAGUUUAUGAAAUGAUGUUGAAAGAUAUUCCUGAUUCUACAAUAACAAGAUUUGGUAUAGCUGUUGAUUACACUGUAACUGUGACACCAGUAUUCAAAGGAUUCGACGAGAAAUUGACUUCACAUGGUAUGGCAUCCGUACUUCAAUUUUCAAUGGGUCUAAGGGGUCAAACUGAACUUAAAGCUCCAGCAUCCGGUCGUUAUCAUUCAAUACAAGUUCAAGUUAAACCAAGUCAAACAGCUAGUUGUUUGAAUAUGGAGACGUUCAAAACACAGUUCAUAUUGAGAGUGGUCGGUGAGGAAGCUGAAUAUCCAGAUUAUAUAGCACAAGUGAACUAUGUACCAAUCACAACAAAAUCUCCGGACACUAUGGAUCUGCAUAACUCUGUAAAGUCGUAUAAAAUUGAAAAUCUUCUACCUGGAAGGCGAUAUGAAUUACAGGCGGAAGUUACCUAUUCGUCAAACAACUUCAAAGAUGUGAUUUCUGAACCAGUUCGUUUAUGGACAGAAGAUGAAGUACAUGUUCAAACUGAGGAGAUUUUUGUAUCACCUGGUGAACGUGUAGUCAUUAACUGUACAGGAUCUGUGGGACCAAGUGGUACAUCGCAGAAAACUUUAGAAUGGAAGACGAUUGACGGUAGCCGUUUACCUGAAGGCAGUCGUUCAUUGAAGACACAGGAGGCAAAGUCGGGACCAUUAUGGUAUGCAAUGGAAUCUCUGAUAUUUGAUUCGGUGAAUAAAAAUCAUGCAGGUGUCUACACUUGUUUCAUAAGACCUUCAAUAUCUGAGCUAAUGCAAAAGAAAGUCGAAUUACACAAUGUAACUGUGACCGUCAGUGAUUUGGAGCUUGAUAUGUCUUCUAAAGUUGCUGACUUAGGUGAAAAGAUUGUUGUUACAUGUCGUACUGCUAGUCCUGGACAGUUGGACUGGAUUCUUCCGUCUGGAGAAAAAGUGGAAUCAGUUAGCGAAAUGAAAUCAGAUGAAUCAAGUUAUGAACCAUAUUCUGUUAAGAAAGAUGAUGAUACUGAUGACAAUGCAGACAAAACAGACAGUGCAAGACUGUCAGCUCAGCUUGUUCUGCCUAAAGUUGAUUUAACUAAGGCUGGAAAGUAUGUCUGCCUACAUUCACCUUCAAAUAAUAAACAGACCUUCAAUGUACAAAUGAAAGAAGCUGUGAGCUUGUUGAAAUCAUCUGAAAGUUCAGAAGAAUCUGGCAAAACUUUUAUACUUAUGUGCAAUGCCAACCUAGGCAGUGUGGAACAAUCUGUUGUCUGGUAUAAGAAAUCCAAUCCUAGUUCACCAUGGUUAGAGAUAACGCCAACAGUUCAACAUGUUGAACAUAUUAAAAUUGUGCACAAAAAUCCUGAAGAAACACCUUUAUCUGGCCUAUGGAUAUCACAGUUGGAGGGCAAAAAUUCGCCUGCCUCUACAGGUGAAUAUAUGUGUACAAUACAAAAUCCGCAGGUAUUCAGAAUGACACAAAUGGAACUCGGCGUACAGAGGGAAGAAGUCAGUGAUUUCUCACAUAUUACACAUUCAACUAUAAAAGUACCAGUCAAACCGGUUUUAAAAAUAACACAGCCGCUAAAAUUGAAAACAGGUCAAUUACAUGUUCAAUGUCAAGGUUAUCCAGCCCAUCCAAAAGAUCGCUUACAAUGGGUGUACAUUCCCUCGGAUGAUGCAACAAAGGCUAUUCCAAUAGUGCAUCUGAAUCCAAAAGAUGAUGAAACUGAACAACAAAAUGGAGAGAAACAGGAUUCCACUGAAGAGAAGGCAAUAGACGAACUUGUCGGGCUAACAUUUCACCUAUCCGAUAGUACUCUGGCUACGUGGCCAGGAUCUACAGGACCUCAGAUCCUCGCGCAAUCUGCAGCUAUUGAACAUGAAAAUUCACCUAAACAAAUGUUUACUCCAGAACGCUUAAAUCUUUUGUUUGAUAAUACGAAUACAGAGAAAUUUUCUGAAGGAACUCUAUCUUGCAGAUAUUUAAGAGUUAAAGGUGUCUUACCGAUGGAUACUGACGAGGCAGCUGCAUCACUUUCUGCUAGUGAUAUUCCUCAAACAAAUGGCGAUGAUGAAAUCCUGGAGAAAAGUGAUAUCUCUAUGAAAGACUUAUUCGAUGCGAAAGAGGACGAUGGUAUAUCGGUGAUGUCUAACUCGAUAAAUGAAUCAGACGAUCUACUCUCCGAUGGGGAAAGAAAUGAAACCAACAAAAAAUCAAUCUCUGUUUUCAUUUACAUUAAUAUUAUUGCUUUAUUGGUUAUUUUUAUGCAGAAUAAUAAUAAUUUUUGA